AGGAAGUAGAAAGUUCUUAUGUUGAGUCGCCGACAUACCCGCUGAACGUCCACGAGCUUAACUCGGUUUAAAGAAACACCAGGUACGAAGUUCAAGUGUUUGCUCAAAGACUGCACCGGGCACACAGCACAGCCUCGAAACAACAAGCCAUUUCUCUUUCAUGGCAACCUCCGGACUAACUUAACAACUUUGUGUGCGAAGGAGGCCAUGAAUCGAGUCCCCCUGCAGCAGCAGAGCUGUGGGUCCUGGGAGCUGAAGGAGCGGCUCGGCACCGGAGGCUUUGGGAACGUCACGCGAUGGCAAAACAAGGACACAGAGGAACAGAUCGCCAUAAAGCAGUGCCGUCAGGAGCUGAGUGAGAGAAACAAAGAGAGGUGGUGUCUGGAGAUCCAGAUCAUGAGGAGGUUGGACCACGUCAACGUCGUUGCAGCCAGAGAUGUUCCUGAGGGAAUGCAUCAAAUGAUAACCAUCAACGACCUGCCGCUGCUGGCGAUGGAGUACUGUCAGGGAGGAGACCUGAGAAAGCAUCUGAACCUCUUGGAGAACUGCUGUGGGAUGAGGGAGGGCUCCGUCUUGAUCCUGUUGCGGGACAUUUCGUCGGCUCUGACCUACCUCCACAAGAAGAGGAUCAUCCACAGAGAUCUGAAACCAGAGAACAUCGUGCUGCAGCAGGGAGAGAAGAGAUUGAUCCACAAGAUUAUAGAUCUGGGCUAUGCCAAGGAGCUGGACCAGAGCAGCCUCUGCACCUCGUUUGUGGGAACCCUUCAGUAUUUGGCUCCAGAGCUCAUCGAGAGAGAGAAGUACACGGUCACUGUGGACUACUGGAGCUUCGGGACUUUGGUGUUCGAGUGCAUCACAGGAUUUCGCCCUUUCUUACCAACCUGGCAACCCGUUCCCUGGCACAACAAACUGAAGUUGAAGCAGAAGGAUGACAUCGUUGUCUACGAGGACCUUUCGGGGGAAGUCCGCUUCUCUAAACACCUGCCUCAGCCCAACGACCUCAACAGUUUGUUAAUAGAGAGAUUGGAGAGGUGGCUCCGGCUGAUGUUGAAGUGGUCCGCUCAGGAGAGAGGCAAAGACCCCGACGCUACGCCCAUGGACUGCUUCUCCCGGCUGGAGGUCAUUCUGCAGCUCAAGCUGGUCCACGUUCUGAACAUGAUCUCCGCUAAAAUCCUGACGUACUCCGUCUCGGACGAAGAGACCGUGGCGGACCUGCAGCUGAGGAUCGAGAAGGACUCCAACAUCCCCGCGUCCAAUCAGGAGCUGCUGCUGGAGGCGGGGCUAGCCCUGGAGCCUCACGGCCUGGCCACGCAGUGCGCCGUCGAUUACAUCGAGAUAGAUGGCCGACGGACAGACUUUCCUCUGGUCUUCCUGUUCGAUCGUUCCUCUUGCAGCUAUGAGCCUCAGUUUGCUCCGCGCACCCUACCAGACAACAUCCGCUACAUCCAAACCGGCCAUAAACAAGUUCUGGCCUACAGCCCUCUGAGGAGGACCUGCGGCCAGGCGUGGCACACCAUCCGCUCCCUGAAGGAGGACUGGCAAAGGCUGCAGCAGGGCCAGAAAGCCGCCAUCAUGAGCCUCCUGAGGUACAACUCGUCGCUGUCCAAGCAGAAGAACGAGAUGGUGUCCAUGCACCAGAGACUCAUGGCCAAGCUGGACUUCUUCACCACCAGCCUCCACAUCGACAUGGACAAGUACCAGGAGCAGACGGCCACCGGGAUCGCGUCGGAGAAACUCAUGGGCGUGUGGCGGGAGAUGGAGCAGACCGCUGUCAGCUGUGGCCAGGCCAAGGUGAGCGAGCUGGAGGACGAGAUGAUGCAGCUGCAGCCGGACAUCGUGGAUGUGCAGCGGCAGCCGUGGAGGAGCGGCGAGGCUCUGGACUCGCUCGAAGGGAAAGCCAUGGAGCUGUUCCGCAGACUGCGAGAGAAACCACGAGACCAGAGGCUGCCCGGGGACAGCGGCGAGGUGGUGCGCCUGGUGGUCCAGGCCGUGCAUUUCUACGAGAGGAAGCUGCGAGACUUCUACACGCACCUCAGUAAGACCGCGGCGUGCCGCCAGCGCGUGAUGGAGCUGCUGCCCAAGGUGGAGGGCGUGGUCCAGAGCAUGGCCGAGAGCGAGCAGGUCCUGAUGGGUCUGCAGGAGAGGCGACAGCGGGAGCUUUGGAACCUGCUCAAAGUGGCCUGUAGUAAAGUCCGCAGCCCGGUGAGCGGGAGUCCCGAUGGAUUACCAACCCCGUCUUCAGUGCCGCCUCUGCUGACCCCCAGACACAGCCUGCAGCAGUUUGACGAGUCUCUCGUGGAGGAGAGCCGGACGUUCGAGGGCCGACUCCAGAGCCUGCUGCAUGACACCAUCCAGGACUCGCAGAGCAGCAUGGAGGUGCUGAGGGAGUGGACGUGGCUGAAUGGAGGCCAGAACUUGUCCAGUGACCUCUCCUGAAUUGGGGAGUGGAGUAGGGGUCAUUCUUUGCCUUACACGUGGCGCUCUACUGCCCCCGUGUGGAUGGGAUGUCAAACUACAGGGGGAAGUGGCCGGAGCUGUUUUGAAAACAAAUGGGAACGGAGUAAUGGCUGCUGUCUUAGUGAGAUAAGGAGCUGUCAGAGCUCGUAAAAGAGUCAAAUAAACGCCAAACGUAUCGUCGAUUAUCAUCAGGGGGAUCUUUUAAAAACAUUUUUUUUACCCACUUCUCAUUUUAACAAAACGUGAAAUAUGUUUUGGGGUAAAGUUGCACUUCAUGAUGCGCACAACGACGCGCACUCCUUCAGUGUUACAGGGCGCUCCUUUAUUCACGGAGAACUUUAAUUCUCAAAUUUAGAAGUGAGAGAAAGAAUGAAUGUAACCAAAAUGGACAAGAUAUCAAAUAUUUCUCUUGCAUUUUGAAACUAUCUGUGUUGCAUUGGUUUCACCAUGAACUUGUAUAAGUAAAAAUACACAUGUCAAGCUUUAUGCACAUUCAUCCCAGGUUGUAUUUCUUACAAUGUCCUUUGACUGUAUUAUGUGCCUUCGUGUAAAUAUGUAUCCAGUUUCUCUGGACUUAUAUUUUCAUUACAAAUGUUUCAUCAAGAGAAUCAUUGAACGGCAUGGGUAACGUUUAUAACUGUAAAAUUAGUAUCUAUCUGAGUCUAUGCUGAACGACUGUCUGAAUGUGAUUUCUUAAUUGUUGUUUUACAUCUACUGAUAAUUAUAUCGAGGGUGGACACAAUAACAGCAACACCUGAACAAUAUUGUGCAUUCCCUGCAAUAAUUUGAAGUGUUGUGAAGUUUGUCGUGUGAAAGUCAUGCUGAGACGGUUUAUUGCGUUUCACACUUGACGUGGUCCAUAACGCCGGUUUUCUUUCUUUUUUUAAAGGAGAAAUAAAGGAUGUUAUCAGUCUAAUCUAUGGGUUAAAAACAUUUCUCAAAUGUUUGGAUUGUGGAAAAACUGUAAAAACGGAGCUAUUAAACAUUAGAAUUGGCUUCACCCCCUUUACACCUAACGUGUGUGUAUUCUAGUUAUAAUUCCAAGUAUCAUGUCGGGUCUAUUUGUAAACACUCGAUGCUGAAGUGUAUCUUGAAUACAGUAUUUUAUUUUAA